CCAUUCCUGUCCCUCGCGUCUCUUUCAAUCUUCUUUUGCGUGCCAUUGGCAAUUUGGGCCUCGUCUUGUUGCUUAAGCCAGCUUUUUCUUCUCACUGGGUUCCCCUGUCAAGUGUUCCGAGUCUCCGACGUGGAAAGCUUCCAGUAGUUUGACCGUUACGAGGGAGUCGAGCCUUCGUCUUUCUUCUUCUUCUUCUUCAAGCCUGGGGAUGACCCAUCUAGGGUUUUACGUUUGAUUCGUUUCGCGACCUGGAGUUCUUUAGGACGGUACUCAUGGUUGGUUGAAUUCGGGUUUUUUCCUGCGUCGUUCGAGUACCUUGAAUUUGCUUUUUUAGGAAUGACUUCUUCGUUUGUUUUCUCAGUUCGGGAUUGCUAAUUCCAGUAGUUUUUGCGGGUUCAAGGGACGAGUGAGAUAGUUCGGGGUUUUGUGUUGAUUGAGGAGCUGAAUUGGUUCCUAGUAAGGCUCAAAAUGAAACGUAUCUGUUUUUCAGAGACCAUCAAUGUGUGUGCUUUAGGGGUGGCUACUCAAGAUUAGCGGGGCAAGAGGGAGGUGAAUAGGAUCGGAGGCGGAGAUGAUUGCGGAGAAGCCAGGCUGGGUGAAGCAUGAGGGAAUGCAGAUAUUCUCAAUCGAUGUUCAGCCUGGUGGGCUCAGGUUUGCUACUGGAGGUGGUGAUCACAAGGUUCGGAUAUGGAACAUGAUUUCUGUUGGCAAGGAUGUCAAGCAUGAUGAUGUGACGCAGAGGCUCCUUGCUACCCUCCGUGAUCACUUUGGGUCUGUGAAUUGUGUCAGGUGGGCUAAGCAUGGACGGUACAUAGCAUCCGGGUCUGAUGAUCAAGUAAUUUUGAUCCACGAGAGAAAGCCUGGUUCAGGAACCACUGAAUUUGGUAGCGGAGAGCCCCCUGAUGUUGAGAAUUGGAAAGUUGUCAUGACUUUAAGAGGACACACAGCAGAUGUGGUGGAUCUCAACUGGUCUCCUGAUGAUUCGAUGUUAGCUAGUGGAAGUUUGGAUAACACGGUACAUAUAUGGGAUAUGACCAACGGAAUAUGCACUGCUGUUCUUAGGGGGCAUUCUAGUCUGGUAAAAGGUGUUGCUUGGGAUCCAAUUGGCUCAUUCAUAGCAAGUCAAUCAGAUGAUAAGACUGUUAUCAUUUGGCGAACAAGCGAUUGGAGUCUCGCUCACAAAACAGAUGGCCACUGGACAAAAUCUCUUGGUUCAACCUUUUUUAGGCGCCUUGGGUGGUCUCCUUGUGGUCAUUUUAUAACAACUACCCACGGCUUCCAGAAGCCAAGGCAUUCUGCUCCUGUUCUAGAGAGAGGAGAAUGGUCUGCUACUUUUGACUUCCUGGGUCACAAUGCGCCUGUUAUUGUUGUGAAGUUCAAUCACUCAAUGUUCAGAAGAAACUUGUCUAAUAACCAUGAAAUGAUCACCGCACCUGUUGCCUGGACCAAUGGGAACUCAAAUAAUGGAGGAAAAGAAUCGCAACCAUAUAAUGUCAUUGCAAUUGGGAGUCAGGAUCGUACUAUAACUGUAUGGACAACAGCGAGUGCUCGCCCUCUCUUUGUGGCUAAGCAUUUCUUUAGCCAAAGUGUCGUCGAUUUGUCAUGGAGUCCCGAUGGUUAUUCUCUUUUUGCCUGUUCUUUGGAUGGGACAGUGGCUACGUUCCAUUUUGAGGCGAAAGAAAUUGGGAACAGACUAAGUGACGACGAACUGGAUGAGUUAAAGAGAAGUCGUUACGGCGAUGUUAGAGGUCGGCAGGCCAACCUAGCGGAAAGCCCAGCUCAAUUGUUGCUUGAAGCAGCUUCUGCUAAGCAAACUGCUAGCAAAAAGGUGGUCUUGGAUGUUCAGCAAAAGCAAGCAACUGCCAAACCUUCUGUCGAUUUGGGCGUUCAAACAAAGGCAUCUGAACCGCAAGUUGAAGCUGUAAAGAAAUCCGGAGCAGCUGAUGCUGAUGGCUUAAAUAAAUCUGCAACCUGUGCUCGUGUUUCUAGCCCUGUGAAGCAAAGAGAGUACAGACGCCCUGAUGGCCGAAAGAGGAUAAUUCCAGAAGCGGUGGGAGCUCCCAGCCAGCAGCAAAAUAUCUCUGGUGGAACUCCAUCUCAAGCACUAGAUUUCCCUCUUAUCUCAUCUGAGCAAAAGAAGGAUGAUAGUGCUGUUGUUAGAACUGACAAUGGCUUCAGGGAGGUUUCUGUUGGGGGCACAGCUGGCAGAAGCUCAAAUAUAAAGGAUCGCCCUGGAGCAACUGCUAGAGUUACUGUUACUGAUAGUCUGGUUAUUGAGAAGGUUCCAGUGUCCGCUGGCAGAGACGGGAGCAUUAGUGUGGAGCCGGUGGGAAGUGUAAAAUUCUCUCGAUCUCCCAACAGUGGUGCUACUCUUAUCGUCAGGGUUUUUGAUAAGAAAGAAGGGGAAGACUCCUUACCUGUGUGCUUGGAAUCUCGCCCACGGGAGCGUCCUGUAAAUGAUGUCAUUGGAGUGGGGAAUCCACUGAUGCUGAAAGAAACAGAAAUUGCUUGCACGAAAGGAGCCCAAACUCUUUGGUGUGAUAGGAUCUCCGGGAAUGUCACUGUUUUAGCUGGAAAUGCAAACUUCUGGGCCGUUGGGUGUGAGGAUGGAUGCUUACAGGUUUACACAAAAUGCGGGAGACGUGCAAUGCCAACAAUGAUGCUUGGAUCUGCACCAACAUUUGUGGACUGUGAUGACUGCUGGAAGUUGUUAGUUGUUACAAGGAAUGGGUCAUUAUAUGUUUGGGAUUUGUCCAACCGGAAGUGUAUUCUUCGUGGCUCACUAGAAUCUCUCAUUACAUGUGAUCCUAGCUUGUCCGACAAAGGGACAAUUAAAGUAAUAUCUGCAAAGUUAUCAAAGUGUGGUUCUCCUCUAGUUGUUCUCGCCGGCCGCCAUGCAUUUCUGUUUGAUAUGAGUCUUAUGUGUUGGUUGAGGGUUGCGGAUGAUUGCUUCCCUGCAUCAAAUUUUGCAAGCUCCUGGAGUCUGGGUUCCAUCCAAAAUGGUGAGCUUGCUUCGCUGCAGGUGGAUGUGAGGAAGUACAUGGCCAGAAAACCGGGUUGGAGCAGGUUUACCGAUGAUGGCAUGCAAACGCGAGCUCAUUUGGAAACACAGGUUGCAUCUGCACUUGCGCUGGAGUCACCUAAUGAGUAUCGUCAAUGCCUUCUGUCUUACAUACGGUUUUUGGCAAGGGAAGCAGAUGAAUCUAGACUACGAGAAGUUUGUGAAAGUUUUCUUGGACCUCCUACUGGAAUGGCUAAUGCUACCCCUUCAGAUAACAAGACUGCUGCUUGGGAUCCUUUUGUACUUGGAAUUGAGAAGCACAAACUUCUGCGAGAUGACAUUCUCCCAGCAAUGGCAUCAAAUAGGAAAGUUCAACGAUUACUCAACGAGUUUAUGGAUCUUCUAUCUGAAUAUGAGAGCAUCGAGACUAUAUUGGACAAAAAAGAAACUGUAUCAGACCGAAAGGAUCCUGAUUCUCCAUCACCUGAACUUCCGUCAACAAAUGAGAAAAACCAAGCGGAUCCUCUCUUGCAGGCAAAAGAUCAAGUAAACUCAGUCAUUCUGGAGGCUUGCCUGCAGGCAAAGGAUCGGUUUAAUUCCAUUGCGCUGGACAAUCAAGCAGAAUCUGCCUCAAAGGCCUCGGAACAAGUAAAUUCCCAUGUGUUAGCAUUGGAUCAAGGGAUUCCACGUCCAGCAGAAACAGAUUCACUAAACAGAGAUCCUCCAGCGACCGAACAUGUUGAAGAGAUUGAUCCACCGAAAGAUACAGGUUCUUGACUACCAUCUAAUCUCGACCUCAACUGAACCCACCUGUAGAACCAACUUACCCUCUCUUCAAUUCCCAAAAAAGAGAUGCUUCCCUCAUGAGUGGCAUGUAGAAUACGCUAAUGAACCUUGCUCGUCUUUGUUCCGGGAUGCGGCUUACUUAUGAGCUUCAAGGAUAUGGAGUGCUUUGGGGUAUCAAACAGACAUCUCAUUUCGCUCAAUUGCUUUGAGAGAUGUUAAGCGCGGUUGUCUUUGCGAUUUUCUUUCCGUCACAGAUGGCGAUUGGAAUUCUUAGCUUGUUGUACAUCAUUUAGUUUCUUGAUCCUUAUUCAGCACUAGAGAUGAUCCAUGCUUCCCUUGUAACAAUUGUAGCAAACUAUUUUGGACAUGAACCCUUCGAUUUUUAUAGUUACUGAUUGUAGAGCUUUUUCUUUUGGC